AAAUGAGUUCAGAGGUCCGACACUAGCAGCAGCAGCAGCACCGGGGAGAGCCAGUCCACUCAGAGACAAAAUGAGUCAAGACGCUACAGAACCACGAACACGAACCCGCUCCAAAGGCAUCCGGGGGUCAUCAGAACUGGUGGGACAAGAGAUGAAGCAGGAGUUAAAGUUUUUUUUUAUGUGUGUCAGCAGCACUUGUCCCACCCCUGGGUGUGACGGCAAAGGCCACGUCAGUGGGAGAUACUCACGACAUAGAAGCAUACUGGGUUGCCCGAUUGUGAAGAAAAGGAAGCUGGAGGAGGCCGAGGCCGAGGAGAGCCAGUCUGCUCCCAAGAGGAAGAACCAAUCUGCCAAGCAGGCGACAGACGAGGGCUCCACUGCAGACAGUGACACAGCAGAGGAGGAGGAGGACCAGAGGGAGGAGGAAGGGAAGGAGGAAGAAGACACAAAGGACAAGAAGAAAAACAAAAUAAAAAGCAAGCCAGAGUCAAUAAAAACAGACUGCUCACUGGUGGACACAGCAGACCCAGAAAUAGCAGUUUGUCCUCGGGCCGACGAGAACAAGAACAAAAGCGUCACCUCAGGGACGGAGAACAAAACUGAAAGCGAGGAAACCAGUGAGGAAGUGAAGCCGGCAUCGCUCGCUGAAGACCACCAGCAGGAGGACGCGGAGACGAAGGGUGAAGAGGAGGCUCAGCCGGUGACGCAGGAGCCGCCAUCAGAGCAACCUGCAGAGGAAACGGAGGAUAUUGUCGAGGAGAGAGAGGUGGAAAGGCAGGUAAUAAGCAAGGAAAAUUCUGAUCACCAGUACUCCAGCGGAGAUUACAACCAUCAGGCCAAAGAAUCAAAACGGGAGCAGAGUAAGGGCAUCGAGCAGGAUGAGGAAGAGGACGAGGAGGAGCAGCAGGAGGAAGAGGAGGAGGAUGAAGAGGAAGAGGAGGGAGCAGAGAGGGAUGUCCUCCAAGACAAUUACAGACCUUACACUUUGAGUCCAUGCACUCAGGGAUCUGAAGCCGAGGUGCUACUCAGGGAAGUAAAGGUUAGCACCCCCAUGACCGAGGAAGAGGAGGAGGACGAAGAGCAGGAAGAGGAGAGAGAGGAAGAGGAGGACGAGAUGCAGGGGAAGGAAGAGGGCGAGGUAUUGGAAGAGGAGGAGGAGGAGGAGGACCGAGACUCCAGCAAGGCAUCUCCGACCACGGUGGUUAUCGAGGUCCACUCCGAGGAGGACGAGGACGAGGAAGAGGAGGAGGAGGAGGAGGAAGAGGAGGAGGAGGACGAGGAAGAGGUUGACGAAGGAGACGAGCAGGAUCGCAUCUCGGAGGGUUCAGGAAUCACAGACGACUCAGAGAACUGGGAUAUGACUCGGGGGAACCUGGGCUUGCUGGAGCAGGCCAUCGCGCUGAAGGCGGAGGAGGUGAAGGGAGGCCAGGAGAUCCGCAGCUCCCCCGACUACCAGCCGUACAGCAGCUCCAGCAAGAGCUCCGAGGCCGCCGCUGUAGCACGCCGCGCCUCUCACUACAGUAAAGAAAAGAAGGAGGUGAAGUGUCCGACCCCGGGCUGCGACGGGACGGGUCACGUGACCGGGCUGUACCCUCAUCAUCGCAGUCUGUCCGGAUGUCCUCACAAAGACCGAAUCCCUCCAGAGAUCCUGGCCAUGCAUGAGAACGUCUUGAAGUGUCCCACUCCUGGCUGCACAGGCCAAGGACAUGUCAACAGCAACCGCAACACACACCGCAGUCUGUCCGGCUGCCCGAUCGCAGCAGCAGCUAAGCUGAACAAGAACCAGGACAAACAGGUUCAUUUACAGGCUUCAUCCAGCGAACCUUCUUCCAACUCUGACAGAGUGCUCAGGCCUAUGUGUUUCGUGAAACAGCUGGAGAUCCCUCAGUACGGCAGCUACCGGCCCAACACAGUGACCACCACGCCUCGAGCUAACCUCGCCAAGGAGCUGGAGAAAUACUCCAAGGUGUCUUUUGACUAUGCAAGCUUUGAUGUCCAGGUGUUUGGAAAGCGUAUGCUCAUUCCAAAGACACCCAGCACAGCUGAAACAUCACCUAAAGCCUUCAAAUCUAAAUCAUUCCCCAAGGCGUCCUCCCCGAGUCACAGCGUGUCCGGAGGCUUUUCCAAGAGCCCCUUGUCCUCCAGCGGUUAUGACUAUAGCCAAGAUGCAGAGGCAGCCCACAUGGCGGCAACAGCCAUCCUCAACCUGUCCACGCGCUGCUGGGAGAGACCAGAGGCUCUCAGCACCAAACCCAAGGAGCCCUGCACCAAGGAGUCAGACAUUGAGGUGGAUGAAAAUGGCACCUUGGACCUCAGCAUGAAGAAGACCAAGAGGGAGGGUAUGCAGUCUCCAGAGCCUUCGUCCUCUUCAUCUUCCUCCUCUCAACACAUGGGAGCCACCUUGUCUCAGGGCCACACUCAGCCAGAGUGGGAGGGGCCGCUAGACUUCACCAAGCCGAGUGGAGUGAAGGAGGAGGACCACGAGGAGGUGGAGUUCGCGGCUCCCUCGUACACUUCAUCUGAGGGUGAGGAAGAGGACCAGGAGAACCUAGAGGACAGGAAGUACCCCGGUGAGGUCACCACCAGCAGCUUCAAGGUCAAGUUUCAGCCCAAAGACAGCAAAAAAGAGGUUCUUGUAUGUCCCACCCCAGGCUGCGAUGGCAGUGGACACAUCACUGGCAAUUACGCGUCACAUCGAAGUCUGUCAGGCUGUCCUCUUGCUGAUAAAUCACUUCGGACCCUCAUGGCUGCCCACACAGCUGAACUAAAGUGUCCGACUCCGGGUUGUGACGGAUCAGGACACAUCACCGGAAACUACGCCUCUCACAGAAGUUUGUCUGGAUGCCCUCGAGCCAAGAAAGGCGGACUCAAAACAACCCCCACCAAGGACGACAAGGAAGACUCUGAGCUGUUGAGGUGUCCCGUUCCUGGCUGUGACAGUCUAGGUCAUAUCAGUGGGAAGUACGCCACCCACCGCAGUGCCUACGGCUGUCCGCUGGCAGCACGUCGACAGAAGGAAGGUCUUCUCAACGGCACUCCCUUCUCCUGGAAGGCCUUCAAGACCGAAGGCCCGACCUGCCCGACGCCAGGCUGCGACGGCUCCGGACACGCCAACGGCAGCUUCCUGACACACCGCAGUCUGUCAGGUUGUCCCAGAGCGUCGGCCAACAAGAAGAGAGCCAAGUUCCCCGGAGACGAGUACAUCACUGCAAAGUUCAGAGCCAGUGACGUUUUGGACAACGACGAGGACAUUAAGCAGCUCAACAAAGAGAUCAACGAGCUAAAUGAGUCCAACUCAGAGAUGGAGGCCGACAUGAUGAACCUGCACACUCAGAUUUCUUCAAUGGAGAAGAACCUAAAGAGCAUAGAGGAGGAGAAUAAACAGAUUGAAGAGAGGAACGAGGCCUUGUUCUUGGAGCUGUCUGGCCUCAGUCAGGCUCUGAUCCACAGUCUAGCCAACAUCCGUCUGCCCACCAUGCAGGAGCCGCUGUCAGAGCAGAACUUCGACAGCUACGUGGAGACCCUGACGCACAUGUUUACCAAUAAAGACUGCUACCAGAACCCGGAGAACCGAGCCCUGCUAGAGUCCAUCAACCAGGCCGUGAAGGGCAUCGAGGUGUGA